CAUGACGUCAUUGUUUGGGUCCAAAGACAGCAGAAUACCAAAAACAAAAUCAGUCAUCAGAAAAAUGCACCGUGCCAGGGAGGGGGUUCUCCCAAAACAGCCAAAGAACUUGGAUUUCGAGUUUGAUGACGAGUUCCUCAAGGAGCCAUUUCUGGUAGGAGAUGUCCAUGUGACCGGAGAACGCCACAUGAUGUUCGCCACCCAGACACAGCUGGACCUGUUGACCAAAGCACGGAAGUGGUACUUAGACGGUACAUUCAAGGCAGUACAUUCACCAUUCGUUCAGCUGUGGUCUAUCCAUGCCUUCAUCCGAGAGGGGGACAACAUGAAGCAGGUGCCACUUAUGUACGUGCUGAUGUCAAGACGCCGAAAGCAGGACUAUGUUGCUAUCCUGCAGAAGGUUCUUGACAUUCUGGAAGAGGCUCCAGCAGUAGAGUGCUUCACCAUGGACUUUGAGAUAGCUCUGUGGCAGGCCCUGAGGGAGGUGUUCCCCAGUAGUAAGCUUAAGGGUUGUGCAUUCCACUGGUCACAGGCUGUACAGAAGCAUGUCGGAGAGUUUGGUCUCGCCAGAACAUACAGAGAACGCCAGUCAGUACACAGUCUGAUACGCAAGUUAUUGGCACUGCCAUUCCUCCCUGCAGCAGACAUUAAACGGGCCUUCAGGAAAUUACAAGAGCAGGCGGAAGACAGUUCUGAACAAGUCCAGGACCUCUUCACUUAUGUAAGCGACGAGUGGCUUGAAAGCUCUAAAUGGUCUGAAGAUGAGUGGUCUGUGUACCGUCAGACCAUCCGUACCAACAAUGACACAGAGGGGUGGCACCGAAAACUGAACACAAAGGCCGGCAGAGGGAAGGUCAAGACCUACCGCCUUCUGGAGAUCCUCCUUGUAGAAUCUAAGUUGGUGAAUCUAGAAGUGACCAGACUUCUUGAAGGAAGUACAUCCCGUCGAUGUCGUCUCAGUGAUGAAUGGUUGUUUGAUUUAUGGGAUCAGUAUGAUAACCAUGACAUUGUGUGUGAAGAAUUCCUUGGAAAUGUGGGAACGUAUUAUGGACAGUUUUAGGUGAUAAGGAGAUGUAUUGUGACCAACAUUAACUGUGCCACUGUGUCUGAUGAAGUUUGAAACUUGCCCAAUUGAGUUGUGAUAGGUGUAUUAUGUAUUUGCUAUAAUACUUGCUAUGUGAAUAAGUCAUGUAAAUAAAUGUAUUGUUUUUUCAUGUGAUUAAUGAAUAUCUAAAUAAACCAGUAAACAUCUUA